AUGAGCCUCCGCCGGAAGAUCAUCGGCGCGGCGGCGCGGUGGGCUGGCUCGUCCGCCGCCCCGCAAUGGGCCCGUCAGGCUGUCUGCGGGUUCCACUCCACCGGCGCGGCGUCCGCCGCCGCAGGAGCGCCCGGCAAAAGCGCUUACACCAUUAUCGACCACGAGUACGAUGCCGUCGUCGUUGGUGCGGGUGGCGCGGGUCUUCGAGCCGCCAUCGGCUUGUCCGAGCACGGUCUCAAGACGGCGUGCAUCACCAAGCUCUUCCCCACGCGCUCGCACACGGUUGCCGCGCAGGGUGGCAUCAACGCAGCUCUCGGCAACAUGACGGAGGAUGACUGGAGGUGGCAUGCGUACGACACCAUCAAGGGCUCGGACUGGCUCGGAGACCAGGACGCCAUCCAGUACAUGUGUCGUGAGGCGCCCAAGGCUGUGAUCGAGCUCGAGAACUACGGCUUGCCGUUCAGUCGCACCGACGACGGCAAGAUCUACCAGCGCGCUUUUGGCGGCCAGUCGCUGGACUACGGCAAGGGUGGCCAGGCAUACAGGUGUGCGUGCGCCGCGGACAGGACGGGGCACGCGAUGCUUCACACCCUGUACGGACAGGCCCUGAAGCACGACACCCAAUUCUUCGUGGAGUACUUUGCGCUCGAUCUCAUCAUGCACGAGGGCGAGUGCGUCGGCGUGGUCGCGAUGUGCAUGGAGGACGGCACCAUCCACAGGUUCAGGUCGCACAAGACCGUCCUGGCCACGGGUGGCUACGGGCGCGCGUACUUCUCCGCGACGUCCGCGCACACGUGCACGGGAGACGGUAACGCGAUGGUGACUCGCGCGGGUCUCCCCAUGCAAGAUCUCGAGUUUGUCCAGUUCCACCCCACCGGCAUCUACGGCGCUGGGUGCCUCAUCACCGAGGGUUCGCGAGGUGAGGGAGGUAUCCUGAGGAACAGCGAGGGUGAGCGCUUCAUGGAGCGUUACGCGCCUUCCGCCAAGGAUCUUGCCUCUCGCGACGUCGUGUCUCGCUCCAUGACCAUCGAGAUUCGCGAGGGACGAGGCGUCGGGCCGGAGAAGGACCACAUCUACCUCCACCUCAACCACCUCCCCCCGGAGCUCCUCGCCGAGCGUCUGCCUGGCAUCUCCGAGACUGCCGCGAUCUUCGCCGGGGUUGACGUCACCAAGGAGCCCAUCCCGGUCAUUCCCACGGUGCAUUACAACAUGGGUGGCAUACCCACCAACUACAAGGGCGAGGUACUGACCCUGGGCUCCGACGGUAAGGACACGGUUGUCCCGGGCCUGCUCGCCGCGGGUGAGUGCGCGAGUUCCUCCGUUCACGGUGCAAACCGCUUGGGCGCCAACUCCCUUCUCGACAUCGUCGUGUUCGGCCGCGCCUGCGCGAACACCAUCGCUGAGACCCUCAAGCCUGGCACGCCCCACAAGAAAAUCCCCUCCGACGCGGGCGAGAACGCUGUGGCGCACCUGGACAAGGUUCGAUGGAGCAACGGCCAGCACUCAACGGCAGACGUCAGGAAGACGAUGCAGAGGGUGAUGCAGGACGACGCCGCCGUGUUCCGCACGCAGGAGACCCUGGCCGAGGGUGUGAAGAAGAUCGACGAGGUCGCCGCCCGUUUGGAUGACCUCAAGGUGACGGACAAGAGCAUGGUGUGGAACACCGACCUCAUCGAGGCGCUCGAGCUCCACAACCUGAUGCCCAACGCGCAAAUCACCAUGCACUCUGCCGAGCAGCGCAAGGAGAGCCGCGGCGCUCACGCUCGCGAGGACUUCCCAGACCGCGACGAUGCCAACUGGAUGAAACACACCCUUGGUUGGGUCGAUGACAAGCGCAAGGUGAACAUCGACUACCGUGCGGUCAUUCAGACCCCGCUGGACGACGAGAUGGAGCACGUGCCCCCCAAGGCGAGGGUGUACUAAACUAGCUGAAGAAUUUUUUUUCAAAAUCGUUGUUGUUCUCA